AUGGUGGGGGUAACAGAGUAUGGAAUGACGCAGGUGGCGAGCGGUGUGGCGGCGCCUAGCGUCCCGAGCACCCGGGCGCCGCGUGCGCCGCGCUGCAGGCCCCCGCCGCCCGCUGCCCGCCCGCGCACCUCCAGCCCCGCGCCACCGACGGAGCCCCGGACACCACCGGACUCUCCCCUGAACAUCACUCCGUCAACCGCGGCGUCUCACCUUCCCCCUGUAUCCCAACCUGUCCUCAUCCUCACAUCUCCUCACCCUCAUACUCCCUCUCUCCACACACUCUCCCCCCACCGACUCGGUCUCGUGACCCCGUCUAUUGUAAAUAACGAUAAUCUACUUUUUGUCGUGUGA